UUACAAUGUGUCAAUGUAUUUAUAUAUAAACUGAUCCCGUCCCUUUCUUUCAUUUAUAAUAUUUUUAAUACUGAUCCAAAGAAACACUUCCACAGUUCGUGAAAUAUUAAAGAUGGUCUCUGAAUCACCAGUUAUGUUCACCGAUAUCCAUCAACAGGAUGAUUACAACCUAUCGGGUAAGAAAAACUCAGCACGAGCUAUGCCACAGGUAGUUCCUGGACAAAGAGUUAAGAAGCGUACUGACGCUAAUCUGUGCAGAAAGCACUCUUUAGUACAGAACAAAGCACCCCUUACAUUUAGCUUCUCAGCAUGUGGCUGGUUGAAGUUGUAUCAUUUUGGCGCAGUACAGGCUCUAAUUGAGUAUGGAUUAAAUAAGAAUGGUGCCCGGUUUGCUGGAGCAUCAGCAGGUGCUCUAGCGGGGGUAUGCCUAGUAAUCGGCUCAGAUAUGCAGUACGUGAAAGAGGUAUGCAUGGAAAAUCUUGAUGAGGUACGAGCGAAUCCUUUCAAUGGACUUUGUAUACGCUAUUACUUGAAUAGAGCCAUAGACAAAGUAGUAGGUGAGGAGAGAUACUUGAAACAUAAGGAGGCACUCGAUGCUCAUGCGGAGUCUGCUGUGACAAUCCUGCCUGGCUGUCACGGUACGCGUUACUCAGAAACACGAGAUUAUGAUCACUUUAAAAAGGUGCUCCUCGCUAGUUGUUGCGCGCCGCCGAUAGCUGGUUUCCCUUUUAUGCUCGACGGCAAGUUAGUAAUAGACGGAGGAAUUGCCGAUUUUCAACCACUGGUAGAUGAUAACUCGAUUACUAUAAACCCUCUGUACUUUCACAAUGCCGAUAUUAGACCGUCACAGUAUGUCCCUGUAUGGUGGGCUGCAUUCCCACCAACGAAAGAAGAAUACGAUCGCCUGUUUACAUUGGGCUAUACGGAUACAAUCGCAUGGAUGAAUGCGAAUGGACACAAGGCACCAUCAGGGUAUGUAACACCCGAAUGGGCCGUCUGGGAAGAGACGUCUGAACUCUCGACAAUCGAUGUUGGUGAGAAGUUGGCGCCCAAAGUUAAGGCUGUGGAGACGCACAGGAUGGAUAUGUAUCAGGAUAGGAUUCAUAAGGUAAUUCACAAGGUAGAGCAAUUAAUAGGCGGUUGUACGCGAGAUAAUGAGACCAUACAUAUGCUAGACGAACAGGUGCAGACGGCUAUCACGCACGAACGUCACAGACACUUGCACCGAACAAAUCAGGUCCAUUAUCAUCCGGGCCGUGGUCAGGUUGUGAAGCCGUGUGUCACGUAUCUGGAUAAGGCGAUAAUGUAUUUUUCGGAUGCUGUAGAUUUCUUGAUGCUCUCGUUCAUGUACAUGUGGGUGAAGCCGAUUGCUUGCAUAUUGCUUUACGCCGAGCUCUUUCUACUGGCGGGUGGCAGCUUCCUAUAUCUUGUGCUUAUGACUCUGCUCAUUGGUAUAGUUGAUAGCAAGCGUCGCAAAAGAGCGUUUAACCGUUUGGCUGACGAUCUAUAUUCGCUAUCAAGUGUAGGUACUCUAGCUGAGGCUGUGGUCUCUCCUACCACUGAUGUGGAUCGUAGUUUAUUUAAGCAUUCGCUGGUUAUUCGCUACAUGUUUUAGAUCACGCCAAGGGAUGCAUAUCAUCGUGAUGUCAUCCGAUUGGAAUUUCAAAAUAAACUAAUUGUUUUAAUACAUGUGUAUUGGUAUGGGGAUGUAGUUGAGUAUGCGUUGCUAUGGAAACUUGUAGACGGCUAUAUAGAUGGACACUUAAUUUUUCGCUAUAAAUUUUAGAUCGCGUCAACGAAAACAUAUAACGAGAUGCCAACCGAUUUGAAUCGAAAGUAUCCUAUUCGGCACUCUUAUCACGCACAUGAUGAUCGUUAUAUGCAUCUUAUUGCGACGAUUUACCUUACAAAAAUAGACAAUACAUACUAUAUAUGUAGCUUUAUGUUACCAUACAAAUACAAACAAUACAUGCAUAUAUAGAUGUGUACAUGAAGAUAUAUAUCUUGACACAUAUAUAUUUAGAUAUUUAUGACCAUACAAUACAAAUACUACACGCAUAUAUAGUUGUAUAUGAGAUAUAUAUCUUGCAUCAAAAUACUUAAGUAUACAAAUUGUAAGCAAACAUUUUGACUGCUAUACAUUAAUAAAUAUAGACAUUGUUCGCCACAUCUCGGGUACAUACUAGACGGAUAUCAUCCCAUUCUUAUUUUUAUAUCGACCUAUCGGGCCAUCCC